AUGAAGGCAUUCGCACUCUUGGCGCUCGUCGGGGCCGCCGCCGCCGAGCUCACUUCGACCGGCGCGUCCCUCAAGCUCAACGACGUCUACUACUUCGUCUCACCCUUCUCCCAGGGGAAGCCCUCAAACGGCUCUUUCAACAUCAAAUCCCUCCCCCGCGCCUUUGGCUUCACUCCCGUCACUGUCGUCUCCGACCCCGUGCCCCAGGACGCCCUCCAGUCCCUCUUUGCCAACUGGACGAACCAAGACGAUGUCUGGCAGACCGCCUUUCUCAGCACAAUCUUCCUUGCCGGACUUGACAACCCAUGCCUGACCAAGGCCAGCUACGAUGGCAGCAACCAGACGCAGUCCAUCGUCGUACCCUUGACUAAUAAACUCCCCUCGGGACCCUACUUCCUCGACACCCACACUGGCGACGUCUACCAAGCCUUCCGCCUCUACCCGGACUACGCCGGCGCCUUCUCCGAAUCCCUCCUCCAGACCCCAGACAACACAUUCCAGACCCUCUCCGCCCAGGUCCCCGCCUCCGCCUCUCUCACAGUCGGCGUUCCCUCCCGCCUGUACUUCACCCGCACCCCUGCAAAGCCCCUCGCCGGCGUCCGCGUAGGCGUAAAGGACAUUUACGCCCUCGCCGGCGUGAAAGGCUCAAACGGCAACAGGGCCUGGUACGCCCUCUACCCCCCCGCGAAAUCCACGGCACCCGCGAUCCAGAACCUCCUCGAUGCGGGUGCCAUCAUCGUGGGCUACCAGAAACCCUCGCAGUUCGCCAACGGCGAGACGGCGACGGCGGACUGGGUGGACUACCACGCCCCCUUCAACCCGCGCGGCGACGGCUACAAUGAUCCUUCCUCGUCCUCCUCGGGCGCGGGAGCGUCCAUAGGUUCCUACCCCUGGCUCGAUAUUGCCGUCGGCAGCGACACGGGCGGCUCGAUCCGCGGACCGUCGGCCGUGCAGGGACUGUUUGGCAACCGGCCUUCGCACGGCAUCGUCGCGUUGGACGGCGUGAUGCCGCUUUCGCCCACGCUCGACACGGCCGGGUUCCUGACGCGGGAUCCAUAUGUCUGGGACGCGGCGAGCAAGGCGUUGUACGGGACCAACUAUACCUCCUUGGUGGGAACCGAGGCGAAAGUGACGUAUCCCAAGACCGUGUACACUGUCGACUUUCCCACCGACGACGGCGCCGCCGCGCGCAUGCUGAACAAGUUUGCGGACGACCUCGUCGCUUUCCUGGGGACCGAGCUGACGGCGCUCGACUUGUCUUCCGCCUGGGCGGACUCUGGUCCGGAUGCGGUGCGGAAUCAGACCCUGGACGAGGUCCUUGGUCUGACCUAUGCUACGCUCAUUACCAAGGAGCAGACGGCGCUCGUGCGUGAUCCGUUUUAUGCUGAUUAUGCCGCCGCCCACGACGGCCGCCGCCCCUUUGUCAACCCCGUCCCCCUCGCACGCUGGGGCUGGGGCGACACGCAACCCGCCACCGCCCUCGCCGACGCAAAGGCAAACAAGACCCUCUUCAUGGACUGGUUCAACACCGAGAUCCUCCCCCCAGCCACGGCCGUCUCCAACGUCUCGUCGUCCGCGUGCACCUCGGGCCUCCUCCUCUACGUCGGCUCCUCUGGCCGCGCGAGCCCGCGCAACAGGUACCCGACGAACACGACCCCGACCGUGCCGUUGGGCUUCUCCAACGGGCGGCUGAGCGUCUUGAGCGGCGCGCCGGAUCACGUCUUUCCGCUGGGCGAGGUUGGGAGCGUGAGUUCCGUGACGAAUGCUACCGAGAUGUUGCCUGUUACUGUGGAUGUCAUGGCGGCUAAGGGGUGUGAUGGGAUCAUUAUCAGGCUUGCGCAGGAUCUGGUGGGUGCUGGGAUUUUGAAGGUUCCCCUGGCGGGUGGCACGCUUGCUGGGGGGGAGGUUUUGUUGAGGAGGGAUAUUGAGGAGUGGCUUUGA